CCAGGCCCUGACAAACACUACCUUGUACAUCAUCCCUGUCUGGUCACUCCUAUCUCCUCCUCCAACCAGACGCACAUAACCAACCGCAGACUUCAUCCGACGAGAGUCUGACUCGAAAGCAGUGGAUCUACAGAUUGCCCAUCUGGCUCAUCCGUCAUGUCCUUUACGUUCAUUGUUACGAUGAUGCUUCUGGGGUCUUCAGUGGUGAUUGCAUUUGUCUUGCAACCAUCCAAGGAAGAUCCUGCAUCCUCUGCUACCUCUGCUGUUUCCCAUCACAGGUGCCAGGGUGAAUCGUUGCAGUCCAUCAAGAAGAGUCUCCUCGGGGCUCUCAACUUGCAGGCUGAGCCAUGGCUGCCUGUAGGUGGGCUGGACAGUGUCAGAGAGCGAUGGAGUAACACCUUCAGCACCAUUGUACACACGGCCAAGGACACUGCACUUCCAGCAGUCUCUGGCUACUCUGACGGUGGAAACAGUACAAGCCUGAAGUGCUGUUCCAUGGCCCGCGAGAUCUUCAUGAAAGAUCUUGGCUGGGACAACUGGGUGGUCCAUCCUGCCAGCCUCACCAUCGUUCAGUGUGCAAUCUGCAACCCUGAAGUGAGCACUGUGCAGUGUCCAUCAUCCCACACCAAUGUCCAGGAUGCCGACUCACAGGUCCAGAUGCCAUGUUGUCAGCCCACUGCCCAUGAAAUGGUGCCCGUCCUCUACGUGGACAAAUUCAGCACCCUCGUUAUAUCCUCCGUGCAACUGACCCGCAGCUGCAGCUGUGGACCUGGCAACAUCCAGCAGCCCAGCGAAGAGUAAUAUGUUCAUAGCCUUGAGUAUGUGACAUCGGUGAGCCGACUGGCACACACGCAAAAACAUAGAGUACAUAAAAAGUAGAUAAUAUCAAUAUAUGUAGGUAUUCUCUCACAAACACUUUAGCUGCUUUUUCAGACUGUUUCUCUUUAGUUGUAUAUGUUAUCUAAGAUCUUAGACUAUUCAACACUGAGUGUGGGAACCACAGCAAAGUCUAGUGAAUUACUAAGUUUUGCAUUCCUGUUUCUCUUCUGACCAGAAAGAGUGAUAAAAGUGCCAGUGCAUGUUUGUUGAGCCAGCCAACCAUAAAACUGAUCAAUUAUGUUUUAGUUGCAUAGAUGACUGAGUCCAAUCACACCUUAUUACUUCACCUUAUUAAAAUCACAAUCUACAUUUGUGUGCUAUUGUGUUCAAUUAACAGUUACCAACAAUUAAGAUUAGAUAGAUUUUGCAUUGCAUAGAAAAUGCAUUUCUGUAUGCAAAUCCAAGUAUUUCCCCGAGUACCAAGAGCUGCAAACAACUAAGUGAAGUGCAGCUGACACACUUGUGAUAAAUGCGGCCAGUUUAUCUUUGAAUAAAUCUCAUGAGUGCAGAGUGCUAUUUAAAGCCACUAAUCGUUACUGAGUGUUCCCUCCAAAAAUGUGUAACUGUCCAGAGCCAAAUCCUCUCACAGCCCAGUUGUCUCUUCUCUGAUCUGUGGAACGGCUAUCUCCACUUAUGGAAAAAAAAAAAGUCAAUUUAAUCUCAACAUGCAAACUAAGUUCAAAUCAAAAUGCAUAGUUGUUUCUUUAGAGUGCAAAUCUACAACCAGUUGUAAAUUAAGUGUCCUGUAUUGGUUGCCAAUUUGAUGCACAAAUGUUUGCAUAGAGAGUAAUAAGAGAAGAUUGUGUUCACCAGCUAAACCCUGCACCUAAAACUCCUAUCAUUUCUUCUGGGCAGGAACUGCAUCUGCUGGAUUUGCUCAGAAACAUUCAUUUGUCACGCUCUAUUUUCAUGUUUCCUCUGAUAGAAAAGAUAAAGGGGACAAUGCUGCCUUGCAAAGCCAAAAAAAUGUUACUUUAAAUUGGUUAAUCAAACUGUUCUGGUUAUAACAAAGGCAUUCUUUGCCAUGCAAGAAAACAUAAUGAUGUGGGCAAAACAUAGAAUUACAUAAAAGGUGUAAAUCAAUGAAUCAAUGAAGUACUUUCUCUGUAAAUACUUUAAAUCACAUCUUACUACUCUUAAUGUGACUUGUAAUUGUGGCUAGCAACAUCAUCAUCAAAGUCAAAUGAAACUGUGUCCAAAUUAACAGAAAUGCUCAAUUGAUUGUUUUAUUUUCAUACCUACAGCCGACUGCAGAAACGAGACUGAUUCAGAUUUGUUCGGUGUCUGUUCUAUUAUUUUUUCUGUUAAGUCAUACAUGAAUCAUUUUUUAUUUAGAUAAUAUGUGCUUUUAUAUACAUUUACAGUUUACAGUUUUUUCCCAUAUGUCUCUUUGACCAUUUGUCAUGAUUGGUUACAGUUCUCAGCUGUGAUUUCAGUGUUUGUUUGUUUUUUAACACAUUUUUGUUUGUCAUUUGGUUGUAUCCUUCCACUCACUUGACAGAGUUACCUCACCAUUCAUGUUUUUUCACUAGUGGACUAUUACUAAUCAAUACAUUAAGAUCAAAUGCAAAAUAUUGUUUAUGCUUGUGACACUUGCCAUCUUAAUCAUUUGUACUGAUUUAAUGAUUCCUUACUCACAAUCAUUUGAAUAAAGGUGAUUUAAAUCAA